UUUUUCACUAACCCUCUCAGACUCACUCUGUAUCUAUCUCUCACUCACUCACGAAACCCUACACUAUUUCUCUCCCGAUCUGAGACUAACCCUACCUCAUCGGCCGCCAUCUCUAUCGCGCGCCCUCUCUGUCUCUCUGUCUCUCUCUCAACUCGUCUCUAUCGCGCUCGCUCUCUCUCUCUCUCUCUCUCUCUCUUAGUCACAUCUUUAAGUCUCUUAGAGACGCGAGACUCAUUCUCUUUCUCCAAACCUAACCAAACAUCAAUCCAAUAUCAUUGGUUUUUGGAGCGAAUCCUUGUAAAUUUUGGAGGGCUCUGGUUCAUUCUAAGUUGUUGUGCUUAGUCUCUGUGGGUUUGGAUUAAUAGGCAAAAUUGAAGAUUGUUGCGUUGCAGCUUUCUGUGGUCCGAAUUGCCCCGAAUUGUGUCUUUGCACUGAGUUGUGAUAUUUGAUCAGGAUGCAGGUUUGACACUUUGUCGAAUUGGAACAAUGAUGAUGGAGAAGCCAUGGGAGCUGCAAAACAUGUUUUGUUUGCAGCUCCCUUAACUGAUACAAGUGAAUAUAUUUGGUGCUUUACUUUUUUUUUUUUUUUUUUGGUCAUGGGUUGUAAAAUUUAAUUUCGUAGUUUUAUGAUGAUUGUGAAAUUUAAUUUGAUAGUUUAGAUACUUUAAAAAAAAAAAACAGGUUAUAGUUGAAUUUACAUAAUUUGGGCAAGGAAAACCUUUAAUUGAUGGGCUGCUUGAAAAACUGAUAUUGUUAAAAAAAAAAAAACAAUAUUGGGCUUUUGAAAAAUUCAACAAUAUUGGGCUUUUAGAAAGAAAAAAAAAAAUUGAUUUUGGGCUCAACCCAGAACCGACCAAAAAACCAGAACCGAACCUUGUAUGUUCGGGUUGGCCCAACUUCGGGUUUCAUUUUUGACCCGAUCCAACCCGAGAACCGCAGUCUUGGUCGGUUUGGCCCACGGGUCAGUCAAAAUUUGACCCGACCCAAACCGUGCCCAGGCCUAUUCACUGUAAAAACAAACUGUUUGUUUGGGGGGUUAACCGGGAGACGCAAAGAGAGACACUUUUGUCUUCAACUCUCUCUCUCUCUUUCUCUCAGAAACCCUAGGCUUCACCUCACAGGUAUUUAUACUAUUUUUUUUUUUCAAAUUUUGUUGUAAAUGAAACCAACUGUUCCCUUCACUUCGUAUGCUGCUUUCCCAAUUGGGUUUCUUUAAUUUCGUUGAAUAUUGAGAAGAUAUAUAGUUUAUGCAUUUUGUUGGUGUAAUUAAAGUUCAAAACUUUACACAAGAAGAUAGAUUAUGGCAGAGAAUGACGGUGACAGUUGCAGUGUUGAAGACGAAGAACACACCAAUAACAACAACAAUGGUUGUGAUAAGGAAGAGGAAGAACUCUCAGUUCCCAGAGGUGGGCCCAUCUUCGUUCCCAAUCUGGUGGGCUCCCUCACCAGUGUCCCUUUGUUCCAGUCUUCUAUUGUUCAAGAACUUCAGGAUUUAGAAUUUGAAGUAUCUUCAAGUUCAUCCCAAGUCUUAGACGAAGAUAUUUCGGUGGAUGAGCUCAAAAUCUUGACUGAGGAAGAGUUGGUGGAUAUGGCUAUCAAGGAAGCAUUUAAGGACAAUGAAGAUUCCCCCAAUCUUUCGCCUAUUCCAGAAGAGCCUUCCGAUGAAGGUAGAUCAAAGGAUCACGAGGCAUCAAAUGACGAAGCCUGUAAAAAGAAAUCAAGGAAGAGAAAACGAACGAAGGCAAAGAAUCAUGAUCUAGAGGAAACUUAUAUUGCAAAGGUGGAGCAUGUUAGAAGAAUCAAAGAGAAGCAAGAUGAAGACAAAGCUGCUGUGACACUGCAUUCGUUCAACCCUAGUUCGAAGGUCAAUGAUUGUGCCAUUACAUCCUCAAGGACAAUUGAUAGGAUGAAACCCCUCAGAUCUGCAAGUUCAGCAGUGAAGGUAAAGUCAUCCAACAUUCAGGGCUACGUACCUGUGCACUAUCCAGAAGUUGCUCUUUCCAUUGAGGUUUACCAUAAUGCGCGAAAAUGGGUGAAGAACCAAGAGUUCUUGGUCCUUGGACAACAAACCUUGACCGAACUGAGGGAUAAGAUCUACUGCUUAGCGGACCAUGUGAUGCAAAAGGCUAAGCAGCAUGACCCUUCAGGAUAUUUCCUUAUAGAAGAUACAUUGUGCAACGAUUUGAGGGAUCCCUCAGCAGUAGAUUAUAGUGAACCUAUAUUUGAUUGGCUUAGAAAUUCUAAAGACGAAGCUCUUAAAAAAUGGGAAUGGAUUGCAGCUGGAGGAUUGCAAACGAAGCAAAAAGCAGUUGUAGGUGAUGUUACGGGCUCACAGUUGCCUCAUUUCAGAGCCGUUGACAUGCACAAGACGCAGUUUUGUGACUUGAAAUUUCGACUUGGUGCUGGAUAUCUAUAUUGUCACCAGGGAGACUGCAGACAUACAAUUGUAAUUAGAGACAUGAGAUUGAUUCAUCCACAGGAUGUACAAAACAGGGCAGCCUAUCCGAUACUCUUAUUUCAACUGAAGCCACAUAUACGAAAAUGUUAUGUUUGUAAAAUAUUUAGAGCAACACAGGUGACUAUAGAUGACAAGUGGGCUCAGGAGAACCCCUGCUACUUCUGUGACAACUGCUAUUACCUUCUUCACUACAAGGAUGGUUGUUUGCUGUAUGAUGACUUUUCUGUACAUGAGUAUCGACAUGAUUAAUCAUUUUGUACGUAGAGAGUUUAGUUUCACCCAUAACUGGAAGUGGUACAAACAUAUCUGAGUCAUACCACCAUUAUGGAGUCAAUACCUUCGCUUUGUAUAUGUUCGCUUUAACUACUUGAGUUACAAGUCUCUUGCGACUUGGAGUUUGCAUAUCAUUCAUCAUACCACAUCUAACUAGAGGGGCCUACGCUCCAUGAAAAAUUCUAUGUCCAUAUAAUACAUAUUUGAAGUUUUCUAGUUUAGGUUAUAAUGUAAGUAUCUGUGCAAGAUCUUUCUAAUUAAUUCAUUCAUUUAUGCCCGUAUUUUUACA